GUCAUGAGGUUCAGAUUUGUGCUUGGACCCGGAAAAGGAUAUUGAAUUAUUGACACAAGGGGGGGUUUAUCAGCAGCUUUGUCCCGUCUCUAGUGCUUGAUGGGCUUUGUUUGAUUGGCUGCUGCUGCAGCUGCUAUGGGAUGAUAACAGAUCAGAUGUUUGAACUUUAAAUCAUGGAUCAACUCUUAAGCAUGGCCCACUCGCUUCUGGAUCUGGCCCAUUAGAAACCGCUCUCUUGAUUGCCAGAAAGAAAGAAACGUCCUGGAUCCUCAACUCAAGAUUAAAGAACCAGGUGAGGAGAGAGAGAAGCAAUCUGCACCUGAAUAGCCAGUCAUUCAUGGCUUCCAUGACUUGCACUCCCGCAUUUUUGUCUUCACCCACACAAAGAAGAUCAGCCAUCUCCUCUUUCGAUUCUUCUGUAGCUUUAUACCCAAAACCCCCAAAAUCUUGCCCCUCCACUUCGGUUCCUCAACUGGGUCUUCGUUUGUUUUCGCCAUGGAAUGGUUUGAGACAUCUGGGUAUUUCUAUUAGACAGAACUCUGUAAAAAUAGAAAUAAAGAGAAAGGGUAGAGGUAAGGUUGUCUAUGCUUCCCUUUUUGGUGUUGGAGCUCCCGAAGCUCUGGUUAUUGGAGUGGUGGCUCUGCUGGUCUUUGGUCCCAAGGGACUUGCUGAGGUAGCUCGGAAUCUAGGAAAAACUUUGCGUGCUUUCCAACCCACAAUUAGAGAGCUUCAGGUAGUCUCAAGGGAAUUCAAGAGCACUCUUGAACGGGAGAUUGGUCUGGAUGAUAUUCCAAAUUCAAUGCAGAACACAUACAGCUCCACUCCAAGCAAUGCUACAUCCACUUCAUCAAAUACCAACAGCAAGAGCUCUCAGGCUGUAGUUGAUCCCAGGAAUGUUGUCGAAGUGUUUUCUCCAUACAGUGUUACCAGUGGACUACAUUGCAAAAGCUGUAAUUACUCGUAGUUUUCAUCCAACUGAAAUUUUCUAGGUCAUUCAUGCUGCUGUAAGAAUUUGAUUUAUUUGCAUGCAUCAAAAUCUUAUCCAUUGCCAUGGGCAGAUCAUCUCAGCAGAGUAGCAGACUUACCAACCUCUGCACUUUUUACUACCCCUUCUCUCAAAUAUGCUCGUCCAUCUCAGCGGUAGUCAUUUUAUGGGUGCAAUCAUAUGUAUGCAUGUGUAUACAAACACAUUUAAAAUCACCAGAUAUUAAUUAAUCUUGCAAUUCAUGUCUUUCUUUCUUUCUUUCUUUAUCUCUUGCACUGUUACUUGGCAUAAUUGUAUUAGACAUUCAUUUGAGACAUCUCCAUUCUUUU